AUGCGCUCUCUCGUCGGGUUGGCCGCUGUCGUCGCCGCCGCCAGCUUGUACCUGUACCUGCUGUCCCUGUACCUGCCCGCGGGGCCGCGGAGGCGUCCUCCCGCGGGGACCGGGGCCGAGGCCGGACAUGUGGAGCUGGAGGAGCCGGGGGACGCUUCAGAGGAACCCAGCAGGUUAAAGUUCCCUUCAGACUUGGAGGAGCUGCGAGAACUGGCCGACCUCUUACAGUUCUACAAGACGGAGCACACGGAAUACGUCCUGCUCCUCUUCUGCAGUGCAUAUCUCUACAAGCAGUCGUUUGCCAUCCCUGGAUCCUCCUUCCUGAAUAUUCUGGCAGGAGCUAUAUUUGGACCAUAUCAAGGGCUGUUUCUUGCGUGUGUGCUCACGACUGUGGGCUCCACCAUGUGCUUCCUCCUGUCCCAGGCUUUUGGAAAACGUUAUAUUGUGAACCUCUUCCCCGAUAAAGUCUCCAUGCUGCAGAGAAAGGUGGAGGAGAACCAGGACUGCCUGUUCUUUUUUUUGCUCUUCCUCAGAUUCUUUCCCAUGACUCCCAACUGGUUUCUCAACAUGUCUGCACCGAUUGUCAACAUCCCCAUUACCUUCUUCUUCUGCUCCGUCUUGAUUGGCCUCCUGCCCUACAACUUCAUCUGCGUCCAGACGGGCGUCAUGCUGUCCGAGGUGUCGUCGCUGGACGACCUGUUCUCCUGGGAGCGGCUCCUGCAGCUGCUGGCCAUCGCCUGCGUGGCGCUGCUGCCCGGAACGCUCAUCCGACGCUUCAGCCAGAAGCGGCUCAAACUGGACGUCCUGCCGCAGAACGGCCUCAUCGACGACAAGAAGGCCCAGUGAUUUCAUCCGGGGAGCGUGUUCCCGUUAUCGACCCCCCGCUGCCUUCUGCCCACAACAACGAAUGCACUUCAGCUGGUGACUGUUGAGGUUUCCUUACUUUUCUGAAGCCAUCAGGAGACGGAACGGGAUCGAAUGUAGUUUUACCAAAAGUACGAACGCAGCACUUCCAUGUGUGAAUGUACAGUUAUUUUGAAGAGGAGGAGGGCUGUAUAGGAAAACUAGCUUAAAGCGCCGGCGUCCAAAGUGCCUGCUCUGCCGUAUUUUAAAACAUCUACCUCCAACCUGGGCGUUUGUAAAAGUUUGUGUAAAUGGGAAAGACUCUUUCGUGUUUGUAGAGAUUUCGAUUUUUUUUUUUUUUUUGUCAGACAAUCAGCCCAGAGAAGGUUUUACUUGUUUUUUCACCAGACAUUUUUGUCCAUUUUAAAGGUUGUGACUUUGGCUUGUGUAAAGUCAGUGUGUUAUAGGAAAUAACCAGCUUGUUGUGGCUAAUUGUUCAGGCCUGUUUGUGUCAAAGUAUUCAGCUGGAUUGUUUUUUUUGAAGAAGCGAUUGUGUAUUUUAUCGGGGCUACACUUCUACCAAAAUCUUAUUUUAGGCCUCUUUUUUUAUAUUUUCUAUGUGUUUUGAACAGAACCUGGGAGUGUUAUGUUCUCACGGUUUCUCUUUUAGGACAGAGAAAUAAAACUCCGCAGAGAUUGUACUGAAGCAUGCACAAAAAAUGAUCAAUCCGUAAGAAUCCCAGUGCACACUAGAAAAUACCCCAAACCAUUCAGAAUCCGACCAAAUGAGCUGUUUGGUACGGUGGAUUCUGAACGGCGUCCGUUUCACUUGUGACUGUGUGUGAAUGUGCUGGAACUUUGCCACCACGGCUGUGUCAUAAGGUUGCAAAUUACGCAGCAGAUUUAACCGAGAAGUGUGAAGACUUUGAAAUAAUAAAACAAGCUGUUUUUGUUAUAGUUUUUUUUUUUUCCCCAAAUAUUCUUUAUUGCUCAGAUCCAGGUUGCUCAGCAAUACAGUUCACUCACAACUCAAAACAAAAGCAUGGCUGUUACCAGAGAGACGCGGAUCCACAAGAUGGAUUAAAAAAAAAAAAAAAAAAGAAACACAGAUCGUGUGUCUGUCCGG